AUGCGAUCUAUUUUAAGUACUGAACAGGUGUUACUGAUCCUCUCAUUGGGAGUUGCUGUGUCUCAUGUCUUUCCAGUGAUCUCCACUCCAGUGACGCAUAUCACAAUCGCAAGUUUCAUGGACUUCACUUAUGGUGUUUGGGGUUGGUGUUAUACCAGACAACUGCCCGCUAAGCUAGUCCUAUGUACCAAGAGACAUAUUGGUUACAGGUACUUAAACACACAUGUCUACGGUGAUAUCCUUCUCCUACCUUCUGAAUCCAAGUACUCUAUCUCUAGGCUGCUGGUAGUCCAUAUAAUUGCGUUGUUCAACAGUAUAGUAUUGGCAGCGAUGAUUGCACUGAUUGCAGGAACUACAUAUGGCAAUUCCUCGCAGUUUGUGCUAGCCGCAGCACUGGUUUCGUUGCCUUUGUUUAUAUUCUCUCUGUUUUCCUUCUUAGUGGAUAUUCUAUUGUUUGCUACCCAUUUAGAUUGGCCUGGUUGGUUAAUGCUAAUGGAUACAGUCGUGAUGGCAUUUGUCUGUUCAUUGUUAUGGUCCUUAAGAAGAACAGUGUCAAUGAGAAACUACGAGACUUUACAUGCAUCUCAAAGAUACCCGAUGCAACAGUACCCACUACCCCAGAUGGAUCAAUACCUGCUACCAAGGGAUACUGAUCCCCUUGAUGAACCAGUUUCAAGUUAUAAGACUGACAACCACUAA